UCGGUGUAUUUUUAUACUUUUUGCAUGGUGUAUUGACUUUCGUGUUUGUGUUCUGGUGUGUUGUAUGGUGUUAUGUAGGAUAUGCAUGGGAUGCUCUACUACGGUUCACCCAGAUUGAACUGCAGCUGCUCACGGAUGUAGACAUGCAUCUGUUUGUCGAAGCCGGUCUACGUGGGGGCAUCUCAAUGGCGUCGCAGCGGUACGGCAAGGCCAACAACCCAACGAUGGAUCAGUACAAUCCUGCCGAGCCCACAUCAUACCUGCUAUACCUUGAUGCCAACAACCUGUAUGGCUGGGCUAUGUGCCAGAGUAUGCCGACGUCUGAGUUUGCCUGGUGUGACAAGAACCUGUCCGAGAUACUGGCACACCCUGUAGAUUCGAGCACUGGGUUCAUUGUGGAGUGUGAUCUUGAGGUACCUUCUUCGCUGCACCACUACUUCAAUGAUUAUCCACUCGCACCGGAAGUGAUGAGAACAUUCUCAGAUAAGCUAUCACCAUACCAACAAGCACUUGUGGAGGAGCUCAAAGUGUCAGCCGUAGAUGGAGUCAAGUUGACACCCAGUCUCCUACCCAAGUCCAAGUAUGUGUUACACUACCGUACACUGCAGCUGUAUUCGCGUCUGGGCAUGGUGGUGACCGCUGUUCACAAGGUGUUGGGAUUUCAGCAGAGUGCCUGGAUGGCUCCCUACAUCAAUCUGAACACUGCACUUCGCACGAGGGCUACAACCGACUUUGAGAAGAGCUUUUACAAGCUGAUGAACAACUCAGUCUUUGGCAAGACGAUGGAGAACGUUCGUAAUCGAAUACGCAUCGAUCUCUUGCGAGAAGAAAGUGAGGAGCAGGUACUGAGGGCAGUGAGCAAGCCUACAUAUGUGCGGCACGACAUUUUCCCGAACGGGCUUGUCGGAAUAGAAAAGCAGCACACUGAGAUCAAGCUCAACAAGCCGGUCUAUGUGGGUAUGUCGAUACUAGACCUGUCAAAGGUACACAUGUACUCCUUCUACUACGAUGUGCUGAAGGAGCAGUACGGUAGCAGAAUCCGGCUGUUGUACACCGACACCGACUCUGUUAUUGUGCACAUAACCACCGGUGAUGUUUAUGCAGAGAUGGAUCUGUCUCUGUAUGACACCAGCAACUUUCCCACUGACCAUCCUCAGUACACUUCUGCCAAUAAGAAAGUGGUUGGCAAAUUCAAAGAUGAGCUUGGUGGGAAAUCCAUGGUGGAGUUUGUAGGUCUAAGAUCGAAGAUGUACUCCUACAUCGGGCAGGAAUCGGCCAAACGAGCCAAGGGUGUGCGAAAGGCAGUCCUGGCAAAUACCAUCACCCACAAGGACUAUGUAGAUGCACUGCUCAGUCAUCGUGUGUCUGCCAGGCCUAUGACGGGUCUCCGAUCACAUUGCCACACAGUGUAUGAGGAGGUAACCACCAAGGUGGCAUUGUCUCCAUUCGACUGCAAGCGGUAUAUACUGGAUGAUGGCAUGGCCACACUUGCAUAUGGUCACAAGGACAUUUAAUGGGCAGGACCCCACAUUGAACAUGUUUCAUCAUUUUCAUGCAAAACUCCCCGCCAUUCUUCUGUCUAAUAUUCCUCCUUUCUUGACGUGUGGAGCUGGCUCCAACACUCUACAUUUUUGUUAAAUAUUUCAGGCUUGUGCCUCAAUUAUAUUGCAGGAUAUAGUGCAUUGUGCGGUAUAAUAAUCUUCAUCGCAUCAUAAAAUAUUACCCUACAUACUUUGGUUUGCAGUGUGUGCGCAGCAUAGUCCAUAUAUCAUCAAAUUGAUCAAGUUCAGUAUCUGCGGGCAUAUAUUUCCCCAGCUUGAGAAAAUGCUUAUAUACUUGCGUAAAUUUAUGCUCACAAUGAUGACAUAAAAAUGAGAUUAAAGUCCAUAUGAUGGCCAGUAUGAAUGUA